AGACUGUGUCAUUGGAGGUCAUGCACUUUAUUUUUGUUCGCACGGAUUCUGUUUUUAGUUGUGUUUCUUUAAUAAUCAGUACUACUGUUAAAAUCUAAUGCUAAGUAAUAUGUAUAGUUAUGUGUUGUAAUAAACCGACGUUCCAAGGAAAAACGUAGUGAUGGCAGAUCAAUUCUGUUUACGUUGGAACAACUUUCAAACAAAUAUAGUGAGUGCCUUAGAUUCUUUAAAGUGUUCCGAAGAUUUGGUCGAUGUCACGCUAACAUGUGAAGGUAGAAACAUCAAGGCCCACAAAGUGAUACUCUCCGCGUGCAGCCCGUACUUUAGGAAUGUGUUCAAGGAAAAUCCAUGUCAACAUCCUGUGAUUAUUUUGAAGGAUGUUUUAGCUGAUGAUAUUGUCAGCUUAUUGUCUUAUAUGUAUCAAGGAGAGGUGUUUAUUGAAGAGAGUAAACUGUCGUCGUUUUUGCAUACUGCAGCCUUAUUACAAGUUAAGGGGUUAACAGGUGUUGCACACCAGAAUGAAAACUUUUCAUCGCCAAGGACCACAACAAAACUGUACACACAGUUGACCAUAUCUUCUAAGUCCAACCUUGGUACUAAUGUUACCAAGGAAUCAAAAGUCCCGGCUUUAAAGAAAAGGCGUUGCAGUACAUCUGAUAAACCUAAUGAUAUAGUAAAUGUUGAGACAAAUAAGAAGUCUAGGAUACGGGAACCAUGUGAUGUAUUCAAUAAUCAUAGUGAUUCACAAACAAUCAAAGUCGACAAUCCUGUAUUUGGGGUGGAAAAUCAUGUGGAUAAAAAAAAUGAAAGCAAAGAAAAUCAAAUGGUUACUGCCAAUGGUAAAAGCUCAACGGCGACACAGGGAAAUGCUCAAGAAGAUGUGCCAGUAUCAGUCAAAACAGAAUGGAUCGAUGAAAAUACUUCAACUUCUGGUGCUCCGCUAGUAAACUCUGAAAAUGAUGAUAGUCUUCCUGAUUAUGAGAACAGCAUGCUUGCGAGAUCCUUACUCUCAGGUAUAAACCCAUCAAAAAGUGAUGCCACACUUAACAAUCCAACAGCUAAAAAGGUUCCAUCAGUUAUUGAAAUGCAUUGUAAUAGGCAUAAAGAAAUAAAUACGGAUUCUCCUACUUUCCCCAACACCAUAUCAAAAAGUCCAAUGAAAAGUUCAACAGAAGAUACUUUAGUGAAAACAGAAAAGCAUUCACCACACUCGGAAAUGGAAUAUGAGCCUGAAGUGUUACUUUCUGAACAUCAAGGUGGUACGGACAGCGAGAACACAUAUACACAAGAGCAAUCACAAGCCUUACUUCUAUUAGCAGGUAUGUCUGGUGCACCAGUAUUAGGUUCAGUUGCAUCAACAUCUAAUCAUGCAGCCAUCUGCGGGGACUGUCCUCACUGCGGUAUGAAAUAUUCCAACCAAUCUGCAUUAAAAUAUCAUGUACGAUUAAUGCAUUCAGAUCUGACUAAUAGGUUAUGUUGCUAUCUUUGCCCGCGGUCGUUCACAAUGAGAGAAACAUUUAAAGAGCAUAUGUGGACAAGCCAUGGACAGAGGAAUUAAGUAUGAAAAUGAGUGCCUUCCUUUGGUUUUUUUGUAAAAUUUUAUAUAGAUAUAUGAACUGUUUGUGCCUUUCCCAGUCUUGAUACAUAUUGCUAUAUUUAGUGAAUGUCACAAUUAUUACGUGUAAUAAGGGUUUAAUUGGAGUGUAAGCCACAUUCAAUCAUGCAUGAUAAAUUUAUGGCUUGUAAUUCCACUUUGGUCAUCUAAAACAUAAUGAUGGUGAAAUAUUUAAUACUUUAUUGUUAAAUUACAAUGGCCCGGUGACAUUUAAAAAAGAUGUUAAAUCAGCCAGGUUCAAUUGCAAUUGACCAGUGUCCAAAAAAAAAAAUUAAAAACACUACAGAUGCUCAGAUCUAAGAGGUGUCCUAUUUCAGUGCCUCGAUUGAUAUCAUCAGGUACCAGUCAUUUGUCAAUCACACUGGAUUCCGUCUAUCUAGUUAGUUGCUAUUUAAGAUUUAAAUCUUUUUUUUUAUACUUUCAAUUAUCUUCAAGCUUGACAUUGGCAAAAUAAUUGAAAUAAUGAUGGGGUCCACUAUUCAUUAAAAGAAGAAGAGUUUGCAUAGUUUUAACUUAACAGAUUGAAUCUUUAGUUUAAACUUUCAGACCUGAGUGUCUGAAGUUACUUUUAGAUGUAUUCCAAAUUCCCUUAAAGGGGUGUGCCUUUGGGUUUUCAGUUUAUUUAUUGUCAUAGUAUUAUAUGAUACUACGAUACCUUUAAGUCACUUAACCAACUGCGAUCUCUUGACAUAAAUUGGAUGAUAAGGGAGAUAAAAAUUAUUGAAAAAUGCAGUAUGUGCCUGUAGGUGCUUAUGCUAGUGUGGUGCUAUUCAAAAAAAUGAAAGCACUAUUCUUGUAAAAUGUAAUUCGUAGGUUUUACAAAUUUUAAUGAGAUUUUUUCCAAAUCAUGUACUAUCAUGUGUAACCUGUGGUGGGUUGAAUAUAUAAGAAUUUAUAAUAUUUAUAAAACUUAAUUAUUUAUCAAUGAUAAAAGUUAGUGCGCACAGAAAAAGUAAAAUGGUAUUGUAUACAGUUGUUUAUAAUCUGUGCAUUGAGAAUAUAAUUUAGAUCUGUGUAUAAAAAAUCUACAUCAAUUUUAAUGUAGUUCCAGAAGUUCUGGAUUGGUGUGAUUGGAACCAUUCAGGUUAAUUAAAUCAGGAAAUGAUUGAGAUGCAAAAGACUCACAGCCUUACAAAUACACUGAGUAUAAGCAAAAUUUGUACUAUUAUUUGCUUAUACUCAGUUUAUUCCUAAAUUUAACUUUACAAGGCGUUUUUUGUAAGGCUGUAGAUCUUUGACCAUAUUUAAGAUUGUUUUCUUAUGAAUGAAUUGAAUAUUCUUUAAUAAGAUAGUUAUUGUGUGACCAAAUAACAAAUUUUAUUUCAAGUUGUUUUGUUACCAUACCGUUACCUUAAAAUCAACUAUUCUUUAUUCAAAAUAUAAUUAUCGUGUAGUGUAAUAUAUUUAUUAAGUAACCAUUUUGUUAAAAUAAUAGUAAAGAUAUAUCUUGGUCAGUUUUGUUACACCCUGUUACUAUUUCGUAUAUGUUUUUAGACAUUUUAUUUCGAAGAUCGGUAUUGGUAUAAUGUAUACAUAUAUUUUAAACUAACUCCAAUAUCGGGAUAUAGUAAAAACCUUUUGCAGUUUGUUUAUGAUUCACUUUUGACAUAGAAGUGUAGUGCUUACGAAGCAUUUGCAAUGAUGCAAGUUAUGUUUACAAUUUCACUCGUAGUAUGUAUCGCAUUAAAU